AUGGCUUCGACCUCUCACUCACCUCCACGCAGAUUCCCUUCGUCGGGGUUUGUGGCUCUCGACCCAAAGCUGAAGGUAGAAGAGGAGGAACUACCCUCCUAUGUGCCAGGAGAUUUUUACCCAGUUACGAUUGGUGAGGUCUUCGUGGAGAGAUACCAAGUAGUAGCUAAACUUGGCUUUGUAUGCACCUCACACAACCGGCAAAAUAAUGAGAUUGCCAUUUGCAACCAUCUCAAGGCAAGCAACAUCGAGCAUCCCGGAACACCAUUUGUUCGCAUGAUACUUGAUUCUUUCAACAUCAUGGGCCCAACUGGGAAUCAACACCAGUGCUUGCUUUACCAACCUCUUGGGAUGAGCUACACAGAAUUUCUUGACUUGUUUCCCGACAAGCAGAUGCCUGAGGCCCUGAUUCAGAGGAGCAUGCAGUUGAUACUCUUGGGGCUAGACUACUUACAUAAAGCCAAGGUUGUCCACACGGCCCUUUCUGAAAUUGAAGAUGGUGAGGCCAACCAGCCAACUGCUAGAAAGGUUCUUGAUGACCGCACGAUCUAUGUCUCGCGACCCAUGCCGAUAAACACGGGAUUACCUGUUCUCUGCGACUUCGGUGAAGCACGCAUCGGUGACAAGCACAAGGGCGAUAUCAUGCCAGGGAUUUACAGGGCUCCGGAGGUUAUCCUGGAUAUGGAGUGGGAUUCUAAAGUGGAUAUUUGGGCAGUCGGCCUCACAACCUGGGAUCUUCUUGAAACAGGAAACCUUUUUUUCGCAAGAAAAGAUGGCCUACUUAAUGAUGAACAGCACCUAGCCGAAAUGGUGUCACUUCUUGGGCCCCCGCCUCUCGAGUUCAUAAGACGAAGCGACAGGUGUCUUCAGUACUGGGAUGAAAACGCAAACUGGAAAGGAUCUAUUCCUAUCCCGGAGCAAUCUUUUGAGAUACGCGAGCGGAGCCUGGAAGGGGAUGUCCGUACUAUGUUCUUGCAUUUCCUGCGAUCGGCGCUCGCAUGGUUACCUGAAGAGAGGCUUCUAGCUGAAGAUCUAGCACGGCACGCAUUUCUUAUGCAGCCCCUACUGGCUGCAGGUGGUCCGAAACAGCACUCUUAA